AUUUCGAUGAACGUCGUGGUUUGAUUCAGAAGCGAAGUUCUUUCUCGAAAAUUUUUAAUUUAGUUUUUUAGAUGCUGCGGGCAAAUUUUCGUGAGAGAAAAAACAGAAUCAAAGGUACCGAGAGGUAUAUAGCAAACUGGAAUUAACCAGACAGCAAAAUUGGUCUGAGGUUUCUGUCGUGAAUGUUGUCAUUUCUUGUGUUGUUGUAUGCCAGCGAGAUCAAUCCUCUACUUUGAGAACAUGUCUGCGAAUGAAGACGCCACCGGUCCGCGGAAUGGUAAACUUCUCGCGUACGCAGCGACAGACAACAAUAGCGACAUGGUGGCAGAAACUAAUCGAGCGCAGAGUGUGUUCGUGACGCGGGUAUCGGCCCUGCCGACGGUUGAGGCAGCACUAGGAAUGGCAGUAAGCUCGUACAACAAACUCAAGGAGGUCUCGCCGGGCCCGAUCAAAAACGUCAUCGAAGUGAGUGAAAAGACGACCCAAAUAGCCUUAGCUAGCUCACAACCAAUUAUCACUAAACUGCAGGGACCUAUCCAGUUCGUCGAUUCGUUGGCCUGCCAGGGACUCGACCGUGUUGAGCAGACCGUGCCCGCUGUCAAAGAGGCACCCGAGAAGAUUUUGUCCGAUGUUAGGGUAUUUGGAACCAAUAAGGUCACGGCUGUACGCAACAGCGUUGUAGACUACAGCAAUCAAAAACUGCAGCAGUUGGGUCUCGGUGCAAUGGCGCCUGAGCGUUUUGGUGAGUACUGCGAACAGCUGGUGGGUUACGCUACAGUGGCCCUGGCAACGGCGGAAGGCAUGCUCGAUUCGCACUUGAUUGCGCGUGGAGCUGUAGUGCCGAAAUUUGAAGACAAUGUAAAUCUGCGCGAUCGGAUGGAGCACCUCACGACGAAGGCACGUCUUGCUGUGACCCAUCACACGACCGGUCGUUUCCUGGCUGCCCAGAAAGCGGCGUCUGAUGGCGUUUCCCGGGUUCUUGAAGCCUUAAGUGUGAUCUAUGCUCUCAAGGACAACGUUCAAGAAGGAAAAUCGGUGCAGGAGUUCGCCCAUAUUUUACACUUCGAUUGGCUGGCCAGUCUUCUUGAAGAGGCUAAGGAGAAGCCUGCCGCGCAACAAGCACUCUUUAUCGCACAGGCCGCAGCUCGUCAGGCACAGGAUUCCCUGAGCAAGGCUCACGAGGGCGUCAAGGGAAAGCUCACCAGUACCUAUGCAGCGGUGCUCAAUCGAGCCAGUGAAUUAAGCUCUACCCUUCAAAGCACCUCUGUAAACCAACUAAGCUCGCAGGUGAUGUCUACCUUAACCGAGAAAGCUCAGCAACUGCAGGACUUGAUUCGCCAACUAACUGGUCUCAACCUAAAACAAUAUCUACCCGAACUUAAAGCAAAUCAGGCCAGUGGUGAUGGCAGUAGUCAGUCAGGGUCCGGCGGAAGCUAAGUUAAUUCCCUAUCGUAAGCGAAUCAACAACGUGGUAGACGACAAAAGUUUACUUGAAGCGUUACUUUUCAUGUUUAAUGCUCAAGUGUACAUUGGAGAAAUGGACCCCUGUUGCGGGACCCCUGUUGCGCCGCUGAGAUGAGUACUGUAGCUGCAGCUUUGGAGUGAUGCAUCAAAUCUGUGACAAACCACUAUUUAUGUAUACAUAAAAAUAUAUCAAAAAAUAAAGUAUCAUUUUCAUAUACAUCCAUAUACAUAAAUAUGGAUUACUGCAUUAGCGCACACAAUGCGACUUUAUAAUGCAACUUUUUUUUUAUUGAAGUGGGUUUAUUUUUUUUUUAAGAAGAAAAACGCUAAUUACAACAAGCAAUAGCGAAGUGCCGUGCAUCAAAAAAGCUUUUUUAGGGCAAACGCGUUGGAAAGUUGUGGUGUGAAAGGUUGAAGAUGACAUAGUGUAGAACCUC